AUGGUAUUAUUAAAACAAGUGUAUACUUCUGUCGCAUGUAACCGCUGUCCUGAAAUAGCUGACUGGAACAAACAAGGUCUAAUAUGCUUCGGCGCUUCAAAUGCUGUGGCUAUUUAUGACACGAAUGCAAAAGGAACAGAUCCUCUUACUGUAUUGAGCCACCACAAAUCAAAAGUGAACUCCGUCAAAUGGCUUCACAAAUCUGAUAAUAGUUGUACAGAACUAAUUUCAUGUUCUACUGAUAAGACUGGUGCCAUCUGGACUUUAGAUAAUGGAAUUUGGAAAGUAUCAAGUGUUUUAUCAGGUCAUGGUGAUGGAGUAACUUGCAUCAAUGGAUUAUAUAUUGAAGAUAACUUGAUAGUUUAUACAGGAUCUAUUGAUUCAACUGUGCGAGUUUGGGAGAGAAAGAAUGGUACCACAAUACUCAAACAAACUAUUGGUCUACUUUCUGGUCUCUGCCUUACUCUCCAUGCCCAUAUACUACCAAUUUCUAAUAAGCCCAUACUAUUCUGUGCAUUGGAUGACCACAAAAUACAUAUUUUUGUAGAAGAAGAUGAGUAUCACAGAGUUCACAUACUGGUUGGGCAUGAUGAUUGGGUGAGAGGAUUGGAUGUCAUUGGAGUUGAUGAAUCCACAAUAAUGCUAGCAUCUGCAUCCCAAGACACAUAUAUCAGACUCUGGAGGAUACAGCGCCAUGAAGAUAAGGAAGUGUCAGGUGUCAAAGUGGAGGAGAAGGUGUUCCAAGCUCAUGAAGUGACAUGGGCUGUGAAACUUGAUGCAGUACUUGCUGGACAUGAGGGUUGGGUGUAUGGAGUUCAAUGGGAAAAGAGCUUUGAUAAAGAUAAACAACCUUUCUACCGUCUUCUCUCAUCAUCACUAGACAAAACUAUUAUAAUAUGGCAACCAGAAACUCAUGGAGGGGCGUGGGUUGAAACUGUGAGAGUGGGAGAAGUGGGAGGGAAUGGACUGGGGUUCUAUGGUAGCAGGUUCGGACUUGACGCUUUUAUGGGACAUGGGUAUAACGGAUCACUCCAUAUAUGGAAGUUAGAUAAGGAAACAAACCAGUGGCAUCCAAGUGUAGUGAUCGGAGGGCAUUUUAGUGGAGUGGAGGAUAUUAAGUGGGAGGGCCAAGGGAGGUACCUUCUGAGUGUUUCCCUCGACCAGACGACUAGACUCCAUGCACCCUGGAACAGGUCUGAUGGUAAAGGUAUAGAAUGGCACGAAAUAUCCCGUCCACAAGUGCACGGAUACGACAUGGCGUCGGUGGCGCUCGUGUCGCCCACCGCCUUUGCUUCUGCAGCUGAAGAGAAAGUCAUAAGAGUGUUUGAAGCCCCGCACAAUUUUAUUCUAAACUUUAAGAAUAUUGUUGGAAAUGCUCUGGUGGCUGAUGAUGUUCGAGGUCCCGAAGGAGCAUCUGUACCUUCUUUGGGUUUGUCCAACAAAGCUGUUUUCAGCGGGGAAGACCCAACUAAUGGGGAUGAAAAUGAUGGAUAUUUCGUUCCCAUUGAAUUACAUGAGCCGCCAACAGAAGAAACAUUAAUGCAAAAUACUCUAUGGCCGGAAACAAAAAAGUUGUACGGGCACGGGUACGAGGUGUUCUGCCUCGGAGCGAGCGCGGACGGCGCGCUGCUGGCAUCGGCGUGUCGCUCGUCCUCGGCUGCUCACGCCGCUGUUAUUAUUUGGGAAACGAAAACCUGGCAACAAAUACAACAGUUAAUUUCACACACACUGACAGUGACACAACUAGCCUUCUCCCCCGACAGCCAACGCCUUCUAUCCGUGUCACGUGACCGACGGUGGACGCUAUUCCAGAGGGUAGCAGGUUCGAAUCGGUUUGAAAUAGAAGCUAACACGGAUAAAACUAAUGGGGUUCACACUAGGAUUAUAUGGUGUUGUGCGUGGGCGCCUGAUGGGAGUACCUUUGCUACUGGCUCUCGAGAUGGGAAAGUUUGCGUAUGGUCGAAAUCAGACACAUGUAGUGAUUCAUCACUAAGAAAUUAUUCUCUUGUAGGUAAAGCUCUAGAAGUCCCCAAUAGCUCAGUGACAGCAUUGGAUUUCGCGCCGAUGAAAAGUGAGCGAAUCAUUGCGGCCGGGUUUGAAUCUGGUGUAAUCAGUAUAUACAGAUUUGAUUGUACAUGGAGUCUGUUGCAUGAGAUGAAUAAUAGCAUCGCUCACCAUUUAACAGUCAAAAGGCUGUUUUUCAAACCAAGACUAGAAGAGGAUGAAAGCAACGAACUCAUGUUGGCCAGCUGCGGUAGUGAUAAUUUUGUCAGAAUAUACAGUUUAACUAUAACA